AUGGCGCCACCCAGAAGAGAUGGGCACGACACCACCACCAUGGAUGAUGGUUCAAGAGCUAGUAAGGAGGACUUGGAGUUGCCCCAGUUUGAUUUUCAUACUAUUGCAACUGCCACCGAUAACUUCUCCAGCAGAAAUAAACUUGGAGAGGGAGGUUUGGGUCCAGUUUACAAGGCCAAACUAACACAAGAAGAAUCAAUAGCAGUAAAGAGACUCUCAAAACACUCUGGGCAAGGUGUUGAAGAGUUUAAGAAUGAAGUUACGAUGAUAGCCAAUCUUCAACACCGGAACCUGGUUAAGCUUUUGGGCUGCUGCAUUGAAGGAAAAGAAAGGAUGCUAAUCUACGAGUACAUGCCCAACAAAAGCUUGGACUUCUUCAUCUUCGGUUGGGAUUGGCAAAAGCGAUUUGACAUUAUCAUGGGGCUUGCAAGAGGAUUACUCUACCUCCACCAAGACUCCAGAGUCAGAAUCAUUCACAGGGACCUUAAGAGUAGCAACAUCCUACUUGACGAUGAGCUGAUGAACCCCAAAAUAUCCGACUUUGGCAUAGCAAGAAUUUUCAGAAACAAUCAAAGUGAAGCUAAAACCAAACGAGUAAUUGGCACAUAG